AUGAGGGCAUGCCUGUUUCUAGAUCAGGGGGUUAUGUUAGGCUCAGCACCAGGGCUAGGUUUACCUCCAUCACAUGACCACACCCCACAUGCCACUGAGAGUCUUAAUUCUGUAUCACAAAGCUCAGCAAAUGUGCUGACGUAUGAUAGGCUAUUGGGAGCCUUAAAUCCUGCACCAUGA